AUUCGCUGUGUGCUGGAGACACACGGGACUAAACACUCUGUUUUCCUUUCCCCUGGCAGGAAUUUCUACUAUAUCACCAUCCUGCGUGACCCCGUCUCCCGAUACCUGAGCGAAUGGCGGCACGUCCAGCGAGGAGCGACGUGGAAGGCGUCCCUGCAUGUCUGUGAUGGCCGGUCCCCGACCACCGAGGAGCUGCCCAGCUGCUACACGGGGGACGACUGGUCGGGCUGUUCCCUGCAGGAGUUCAUGGAUUGCCCCUACAACCUGGCCAACAACCGCCAGGUCCGCAUGCUCUCCGACCUCAGCCUGGUGGGAUGCUACAAUCUGUCAGUCAUGCCUGAGGAGCAGAGAAAUAAGGUUCUGCUGGACAGUGCCAAGGAGAACCUGAAGCGCAUGGCCUUCUUCGGGCUGACCGAAUUCCAGCGCAAGACUCAGUAUCUCUUUGAGAAGACUUUCAACAUGAACUUCAUCUCGCCGUUCACGCAGUACAAUAGCACAAGGGCCUCCAGCGUGGAGAUAGACAAGCAGACUCAGCAGCGCAUCGAGGCCCUCAAUUUUUUAGACAUGGAAUUGUACGAUUAUGCAAAAGACCUGUUUUUGCAGCGGUACCAGUACAUGAGGCAGAAGGAGCACCAGGAGGCGCGGCGGAAACGCCAGGAGCAGCGGAAGAUCCUGCGGGCAAAGCAGGCACACCUGAGGGAGCAGGGAGAGAACAGCUCCAGCACUGACUACAUAGGGAACGUGGAGCGGUGGCGGCGGUAGUGGGGGGCACUCGCCGGGCACCAAAACGAAGCGGGACCCAACCCCAACCUGCAAAUCGGAGACGACAAACGACGCUUCUUGAGGGUCCGAAGCAAAAAGAGGUUAAAAAUGUUGCCUUUGCAGUUGCCUUUGCAGUAAAUGUUGUACUGUACGUGGAACACUUAAUCUUAGCGUGUAAUUAAAUUGUCCUUUUUAGGUUUGUUGGAUUAUUUAUGAAAUACGGGAGCCAAGUCGGCUCAUCGGAAAUGUUUGCUUGGACAUUUAUUUAAAAGAAAAGAAAGAAAAAAAUUAUCCUUAAAUUAGCUAUGAGUACAAAAUGGGAUGCUGGAAAAUGUUUAUGAUGCUCGGCUGAAAUCUAUCUGGGAAGCAAACUCAUGUCCUAAUAACGAGCAUUUAGCAUACUCUCCCAAUACAGUAUACGAGCAAAACCUUUUCCCUUUGAUUUUAUCUUUAUUUUAACAAUGUGUUUUCAAGGGCACCAACUGCUUAUGAUAUUUACCAAGUUAAUGAAUGGACAAUGAAGAGAACAGUAAAGGUCUAGAAAAAUUAUUGACUAGUUUUAUGUAUAAUAUUGGCUUUUAAAAUGAAUAGAAGUAAUUUCUCUAGUUAUAUAAAUAUUUAAAAUUUUAAACUUUUUCUACCUACUGCUGUUUAGAGUUUUAAGCUUGAUCUAUCUCAUAUUAAAAAAAAAGGAAAAAAAAAUCAUACAUAGUUUUCUGAACUCAAUGCCAAUGUUAUAGACACUGUUUUGAGACUUUUUCAGGGCAGUAUGAUUUUAACCAUUCUGGAAAAGUUGCAGCACACUCUCAUGUUUGUUUCAUAAAGCCUAUUCUAAAUUAUAAUCCUGUGACAGUGUCUCAUUUUAA